AUGGGCCUCGCCAUCAGCAAGUUUCGCCGCCGGCACCGCGUCACGCGCACAAUCUCGCCCGGCGUCGACGCGGACGCGCUGCGCGCGCGACUUGCCUCGCUUGAGCGUAGUACGCCGUCCCCGACGGCGGGAUACGUCGCAGACCCCGACAGCAGGACCGGGGUAUCUGAGCACGCGACGCCCACCUUCUCGGCCAUGAGCUGCGUGACGCGGACUGCGCCCGACAUUGCGCCGACAAAGGUCCUGCUGUAG